GUAUUUAUUUCCAUGCGCCUGCGAAUGAAUAAUCAUCAGCAACAACUUCAGGCUUGGAGAAAGAAGAAAGGCAUAGCAGCGGGCAGCGGCAUGGGCACCAGCCCCGUCAUCCCUGCGACGAUGCUCUUCGUCGCUCUUCUUGUCGCUGUCUGCUUCGGCGCCACCGCCGCCAGGUCCAGCCACGCCCGCCACACCGACGCCGACGACGCGAUUCGUCUCCCCAGCAGCUUUGGCGCUGGUGGUCGACCGUGGAAUUGCUGCGACUCCGCUAUCAAGGACGCCUCCCUGCCGGCGUGGCGCUGCAACGACGUGGUGGACAAGUGCUCCGCCGACUGCCAGGACUGCGAGGCGUCGCCGGCCGGCGACGGCUUCGUCUGCGGUGACUUUAUCUUAAGCCUGACCGAGCCCCCGGUCUGCACACCGAGGCCGUGGGACUGCUGCGACAGCGUGGCCUGCACAAGGGACUACAUCCCCAACUGCAUGUGCCUGGACAAGGUGGAGUCGUGCUCGAGCAACUGCGAACGGUGCGAGUUUCUGUAUCAUUCGGACCCUCCUCGCUUCCAAUGCCGAGACAUCUUCCACGGCUAUCCUGGUCCCAAGUGCAGGACAUGGAUCAGUACGAGCAACUAGCUCAGCUCAGCUACUUGCUAAAAGUAGCGUAGCGCAGCGCGCGCGGCUACUUGCUAGUAUACGUACGUCCACAAAUAAAAAUAAAAGUGGCUAGCGUACAAAGCUAACAUCUGGUUGUUCGUCCCGACAUGGACGAUUAGCCUAGCUCGAUCGCUAGCUGCUGCCACUCUCGUUCGAUUUAAUUUCAUCCCCAUGUGUGGCGGUGUAGGGAGUGUGGAUAUGAUCAUCCAAUAAAGUAGUCUACUGAAAAUGAAUAGUCGUUGAUCAUAUUAAUAUACAUCCAUCUCAUUUUGUUCA